GAGCCGACAAAAGAAGAACCAAAAGUAAAAGAAAGAGUCACGUGAAGUUAAAAACCCUUUUCUUACAGUUCACCCGCCGUCUCCUCAUAAACUCCACUCUCCGCUUGCCGCGUUCGCUCUUGCCCGUCCGGUGACACGCAAAACGAGGAGCACAAGCUCUCCUGCUUCGUCUUCGACUUCGUUCUACCUCCUCUUAGUUCUCUUCUCAAACUCUUUCAUCAUCUUCGUGUUCAGUUCCUAUUAAUGGAUAACGAUGCGAAGCAAGAGAAUCUACAAACUUCCACUCCUCCUCCUCCUCCAGCUGGCUUUCCAGUAGAAGAAACCGUAACUCUAAUCGAUCUAUGCAGCGGCGAGGACGACUCCGACUUGGUGGAGCAAGAUGUACAACGAAGGUAUAAUUCUGGAGGAGCCAAGAGGCCACGCGGUUCAUCUGCAUCAGACAUGAACAAUGCGAAGAAGCCAACGGCUGAUGAGCUAAAGUUCGUGCAUCCGGAAGGAUUCGGCCAACCAAUCCCUCCGCCACCACAUGUGACUCAUACUAUUCCGGCGGAUCCGUGCAAUGUCUUCACGACGGAGGCGUCGUCCGGCAGAGUUGGCAGUUGUAAGCAGUUUUGGAAAGCUGGAGACUAUGAAGGAGCGCCUGGUGGUAACUGGGAUCUUUCUUCAGGUGGCUUUGAUCAUGUAAGAGUCCAUCCCAAGUUCUUACAUUCUAAUGCUACCAGUCACAAAUGGGCUCUUGGAGCAUUUGCAGAGCUUUUGGACAAUGCUUUGGAUGAGGUUGCUAGUGGAGCUACUUAUGUUAACGUAGACAUGCUCGAAAACAAGAAAGAAGGAAACAGAAUGUUAUUAAUUGAAGAUAAUGGAGGUGGGAUGAAUCCUGAGAAAAUGAGACAGUGCAUGUCUCUAGGAUACUCUGCCAAAAGCAAACUUGCAAACACCAUUGGACAAUAUGGAAAUGGUUUUAAGACUAGUACAAUGAGACUCGGAGCUGAUGUCAUUGUGUUCUCGCGCUGCCUUGGAAAAGAUGGAAAGAGCUCUACGCAGAGCAUAGGGCUCCUAUCAUAUACGUUUCUUAGAAGCACGGGAAAGGAGGACAUCGUUGUACCAAUGCUUGACUACGAAAGAAGAGACACUGAAUGGAGUAAAAUAGUCCGGUCUUCUCUCAGUGAUUGGGAUAAGAAUGUGAAAACAAUCAUUCAAUGGUCGCCAUUCUCUAGUGAAGAUGAUCUUCUUCGUCAGUUUGCUCUAAUGAACGAGCAUGGCACACGGAUAAUCAUAUAUAACCUGUGGGAAGAUGACCAAGGGAUGUUAGAGCUUGAUUUUGAUGCCGAUCCACAUGAUAUCCAACUUAGAGGUGUCAAUAGGGAUGAGAAAAACAUCAAAAUGGGUGCUCAGUUUCCUAAUUCUAGGCACUUCCUAACCUACAAACACUCACUAAGGAGUUAUGCAUCAAUCCUCUACCUAAGAAUUCCACCUAGUUUUCGUAUCAUACUACGAGGACGUGAUGUUGAGCACCACAACGUAGUGAACGAUAUGAUGCAGACUGAGCAGAUCACUUAUCGUCCUCAGUAUGGUGCCGAUUCAUAUGUUAAGGAUUCAAACAUGUCUGCCGUAGUAGUUCUCGGAUUCGUGAAAGACGCAAAACAUCAUGUUGAUGUCCAAGGCUUUAAUGUCUAUCACAAAAAUCGACUCAUCAAGCCAUUUUGGAGGAUAUGGAAUGCAACAGGAAGUGAUGGUCGUGGAGUCAUAGGUGUGCUGGAAGCUAAUUUUGUUGAGCCUGCUCAUGAUAAGCAAGGGUUUGAGCGUACAACAGUUCUCUCUAGGCUCGAAACACGGCUAAUUCAAAUGCAGAAGAUUUAUUGGAACACCAACUGUCACAAAAUUGGCUAUGCUCCCAGGCGACACCCAAAGGCUGGAAACGAUUAUGGUCACACAAACACAUCACCAGAAAAUGAUCAUGAGGAAUAUAGUCCAUCAGGCUUUAAAACUCGAGCUUCUGACAAGUUCUACUCAAGUUCAUAUCCGAAUCAUAGAGGGGACAACGGUGGGUCAGGGAAUGACAGUUCACUGUAUUUGCAAGAGGAGCUGCGCCGUGAGAGAGAGCGCAGCAAGGCUCUUGAAGCUGAGGUUGAAUUAGCAAGGCAGAAAAUAGAAGAAAUGAGCAAAGAGCAAGAGAAUCUAAUCGCAAUAUUCACAGAGGAAAGAGACAGACGUGAUGUAGAGGAAGAAAGUCUGAGAAAUAAGCUAGAGGAGGCGUCAAACACUAUCGAAGAGUUGUUGAAUAAGAUUAAAAUGCUGGAGGGAUCUAAAGGCCCGAGCUGGAGACGUUAGACAUUGAACUUGCAUAUAUAAUUGGAAGUUAAAAUUAUCCAAAAAGGUAUCUCUGUUUGAUUUAUGGCUCGACCUGCAUGGGGGUUGAAUGAAAUGUUGUAGAUUAGUGUAAGUGUUUGGCCUUUGAUUGUUUUUUUUUCUCAUUUUUUAAAUUUACAAACUGGCCAAUCUCUUAGCUGUAGCAGAAGCCAGUUGUCAUGUCUGUACCAUUAGUGAUUUCCAUGUAAAAAACGACCAGAAUAAGUAAGAAUUUGUGCUGACUUGGUAGGAGAUCUAUAAUGAAAUUUAAUUUCUCAUACCAUUA